AUGGGCACCUUUUACUAUGUGCUGGAUCACAUCUAUGGUGCAUUAUUGCACAGGACAAAGAUAAGCCCUCCAUUCUUUUCUAGAGGAUGGGGUGGGACAAAGCUCGAGCUUUUGGAGAAGAUGAUCAAACAACUGUUUCCCGAGGUUGAAGGACAAAAUUGGCCUCCAACAUUGGUUAAGCCCGUUUGGAAAACAGUUUGGGAGUCCAAAACCGCUUGUCUGAGAGAAGGUGUUUUCAGAACACCUUGUGAGGAGCAGCUUCUCAAUGCAUUGCCUCCCGAGAGCCAUAUGGCGAGGGUAGCUUUUCUCGCCCCGAGAUUCGUGCCGCCACAAAAGAUGGCUUGUGUUGUGCAUCUUGCAGGCACAGGAGACCAUGCAUUCGAGCGAAGGUUGCGUCUCGGUGGACCUCUUCUGAAAGAAAACAUAGCAACCAUGGUGCUAGAGAGCCCUUUCUAUGGAAGAAGACGUCCAAUCCUGCAAAGAGGGGCAAAGCUGUUAUGCGUUAGUGACUUGCUCUUAUUAGGACGAGCUACGAUUGAAGAGGCCCGUAGUCUAUUGUAUUGGCUGGACACUGAGGCAGGCUAUGGAAAAAUGGGUGUAUGUGGGCUUAGCAUGGGCGGAGUACAUGCGGCUAUGGUCGGGUCGUUACACCCCACGCCUAUUGCCACUCUCCCUUUUCUAUCUCCACACUCAGCUGUGGUGGCUUUCUGUGAGGGGAUUCUAAAGCAUGCCACUGCAUGGGAAGCUCUCAAAGAGGAUCUUGCCGUGCAGAAAGCAGCUGCCAUGACACUCGAGGAAGUUAGGGAAAGAAUGCGAAAUGUGUUGUCACUAACCGAUGUCACGCGUUUUCCCAUACCCAAGAACCCGAAUGCUGUUAUAUUCGUUGCUGCCACUGAUGAUGGCUACAUCCCCAAACACUCGGUUUUGGAGCUUCAAAAAGCCUGGCCUGGAUCGGAAGUGAGGUGGGUUUCAGGUGGCCAUGUUUCGUCUUUCCUUCUUCACAAUGGGGCCUUCAGAAAAGCCAUUGUUGAUGGCCUCGAUCGUUUACCAUGGAAAGAAUCUCCACUAUGA